CUCAAGGCUGCCUGGUGAGUCAGCACUGCAGGCUGGCAGGGCUCAGGAAUGCUGAUGGCUGGGUCUCCUGCUUUCCCUGUGGUUGCCCUAGCAAAGCUCUCAUGGGUCUCAAAAGACAAGCAUUGACUGAAGUCACAGAUAUAGCAGAAGAUACUGUUCCUAGGAUGGGGAUUCCCCUGCACUAGUUACUUUAAUCAAUCAGUUUGAGAUAGAGAUACACAUCUAUAUAUACACAGACAGCGUUUUCAAGGCUUUGGUUCAGGGGCCCUUGAGUGAACAUCAUCUUCCCAUGGGCUUCUCAACACAGCAUGAGGCUUCACAGAUUCAAAGCAACCUGUACCAUACGUGACAUCUGUGUGCGCUGCUCCUCAGAAACAAGGCUAGCUGAUAAUUUCUAUUUGUGUGGAGGAUGCACUGUACCCUGUCGACUACUAUAUGAGCUGUAUAUUGAAACCUGCAAUCCAGAUUUCAAGAUUCAAGUACAUCCAUCCACCUUUGGAAAGCUUAUUCAGUUAGUGUUCCCAGGCCUGGUGACAAGAAAACGGACCACAGCAGGGAGUAUCAGAUAUCAUUAUGAUGGAGUAGCUAUCAAGAAGGAGUCUUCCUUUUAUGCGCGUUUUUGCUGUCUUCUGUAUGAACAAAAUUAUCUCAGGCACUGCUCUCCGGAGGAAGUGAGCAUCUCUGAAGUGCAGCCAAGCACCAGAAGUUCCUGGAGUUCUGAAAAUGCAGCUGAUUACAAGAAGACUAGACAAAAAAAAGGACCAAGUAAGGAUUUGCAGUAUUAUCCAUCUGUCAUUUAUCUGAAGACUGAACAGGAGACAUUUCAUUACCUUUCUCCUGAUUUCAACCAGUUCUUCUUUGGAGAGCAAGCACAAAGUGAAACAUACCCCUAUGAACUGAUUGCACUGCUUGCCAAUGACUACUACAACUAUUGUCAAGUUAUUUUACAAAUGGUGAGAGAGACCAAGCUUGACAAGGUGGAAGAUUGUAUCAUGUCGUUCUGGACUUCUCUGCAGCCUGAAAGAAUAGAACUGAUGUGCCUGCCAGAUGUGUGCCAGCUGUUGAAAAGCUAUGAUAGGUAUCUAUUCAAGGAACUGGAGAACAUUCUACUUCCUGAUUUCCUGGAGGAGGUGCCUGCUCAACACAUAGACUUAAUCAGAUCAUUCAGUGAAAAUGUUAAAUGUUGGAUGCUUAAUCCUUUGGGAGGUUUUCCAUUACUGCUCCAAACGUCCAAGUCUAAUGAAGCUAAAGAGUUUGUAAAAAGACUCAGGAGGCAGACAGACCUUUGCAACAUGGUCAAGACAGUAAGAACACUCUUGAACAACAACAGCACAGUCACUGUUCUGCGAUCAGGCUUGCAUGCCAUCUUCAAUGAGAAAUCUCUGGAUGUGACUAAAGGCCUCUUUCAAGAGAAGUUUAGGAAUCCAAAGAAGAGGCAGAAAAACAUACAAUUAAAAUGUUUGAAAAACUUCAUUUCUUCACUGACAUCUUCCACAAAUAUUCGGGAUCUCCUGAGCUGUUUGUCUUCAGAUCUCCAGACUUUCGUUAUUAAGCCAAGCAAAAGUAAAGAGGCAUUUAAAGAGCAGGCAUCAGAUUUCAUGUUGAAAUGGAACCUCCUACUGAGCAAUGUAGGCAAGAUUCUGACCAUCAACAAGACAGACAGUUUUGGAUCCUGGCUUUUGUUGAAUAUGCUACUUGUUGAUUUUGCGGCUCACAUUUUCCAGUCCUAUAUAGAAGAGGAGAAGGAAGAAGGAAAUGCCUUGGCUGCAAAGCAAAAUGAGGUCCCGGUUUUGUGUGUCUACGAGCCCAGCCAUCUCUCGGCCUGUUUUCCUGAGGAAGAACCUCAAGCCAAUGCUCCACAGACAGCUCUUGUGAUGCAGAACCAGAAUAACUUUGGAUUUAGCAAUGCUUUCCAGAGUUCUGAGUUGUUUGGUGAACACAGCCACUAUGAGCAAGCACAUCCAGAUAAUUUAGGAAGAGAAAAUUAUUAUAUAAUGUACUAAGUUGGAUCUUCAAGUUGGAAAGGAAACAUUUCUUUGUCAAAAAGAUGAACUGACAUUUUUUGCCUCCAAUGAACAGCAGAUCUUCAGAGAAAAGCAUCCUGACUAUAGCAUUCUAUAUGCUAUGCCAUUCUUACUUUUUGAUAGACCUUUAAGAAAUAUUGUUUUCAUUCUCUUAAACUUCAGAUAUUAAAAUAAAAAAUACUAAAUGCAAAACUGGGCUAGCAAUGCAGUUAUUUGUAGUUGUCAUGUGAUUUGAUUUAGAUUAUUUGAAUAAACCUUCAGAAGAUAAAAGUGAACUAUUUUUGGCUUUGUUUUAAGUAUUUCUUGUAUUUUUCUGUUGUCAGUAAAGCUGAAAAUCUACCUGAGGUAAUAAUGGUAAAUUUAUCUGGAAGCUACAACAUAAAUGAACGACUCUGUGUUAAUGCUGCUUGUGUCUACGA